UGAGCUGAGCAAGCUAGGCUGACGUGGUGGCCAUAUCACGGACGCCAGCGUCCGAGAGUCUGAGGCGCGGGCUUGCGAUCUCUCGAUCCAGCGUCGCGCGUGCUAAUCUCGACAGCAAUCGCUCGAGAAUCACUCGUUUAUCGGGAGCGCGCCAUAAUUAGAACCAGAGUUGCUGCAAGGGAGCGAGCGAGCGACCGGAGAUCUCCGGUCCGCCACCGGAGCGGAGUGCCCUAAGUGGGGCUAGCUGCGCCAGGCUCGAGCAGAGACAGCAGAGAGCCUUUGGGAGAAGGGACCUCGAGAGCAGAUAGCGGAGGGAGCGGUACGAGGGCUAUGGAGGGCGCGAGAUCGAGCUUUCGUUGAUGCUGAUUACGUUGAUGCGGGUGUUGCCAUCGACCGGGACGGCGAUUUAGUGAGCGAGACGAUACUUGUGAGGAAGGGUAGCGGAGGAAAAUCCUAGACGUGAGAAGUUGCGGCAGAAAGAAGAAUUAAGUUGGAGAGGGAGUUUCGGGGUUCGCGCCGCUCGUGAGCGAGCUUACAGGGCUGUUGGAGGUCACGCUUGAUUUUGGCCUGUCUCCCGUUCUCUGUUCUUUCCUCUUCCGGCAUCUGAGUCCAGGAGUGCCGUGGUCGUAUUGAAUACACGCUCAGUAACUCAGAUUUGCUGUCAGGCUGGUCGGUUUCGCUCUGGGCCUCAGGUCCUGACUAGUUCCGACAAUUGGACGGUGAAUAGGAGUGCGUGGGUCUAUGGGGAGUGUGGGAGAGUACUUAUUGGAGCGUGGAUGCGUCGGAUAUCGUCUUGGCGGUGAUUAGCCCGGGCUAGCCAGAUUCGCACAUUGAGGUAGCUCAUGCUUUGUGAGCGCUAUGCUGCUGUUUCACGUUUGGGCGUUUUUUCAACAGUCGAAUUGAAGGAGAUUAGCCGACGAAGUGGAGGAGAAGGAAGAUCGCGUAGCGCGGUCCUUCCCAUUUCUCCUCAUCUGGCUACGGAGGUGUUUUUGUUGAAACGGUUCAGGCCGAGGCUUCAGCGAUGGCAAUGUGGACUUUCAAGAACGGCAUCAGCUCGGUUGUCAAUUUCGUUUGCUGUAGUGGCAGAGCAUGCCACUAAGCUGUAGCGGAGGCUUCACACAAUGGUUAAGGAACAAGAUUAUAUCUUCACUCCCAGUGUUCGGAGCUCUGUCUCUUCACCUUUGUCAAGCCAUGACGAAAAGUCCUCCAUAUCCUCAUCCCCUUCCAUGAUCUGGUCAAGCCCCAUCGGCUCUGUCUCGGCUUCUAGCAGCCAUCAUGGUAGCAACAAUGGGCGAGACAGUGUUGUCUCUCCUAGAAACCAUAAUGGUAGCGGUCAUGGCCGAGACCCCGUUUUCUCUCCCAGAAGCCAAAAUGGUAGCGGUCAUGGCCGAGACCCCGUCUUCUCUCCCAGAAGCCAAAAUGGUAGCAGUCAUGGCCGAGAUCCGGCUGGCUCUCCGAGAAGCUCCCAUGGGAGCGGCAAUGCCUUCUUUUCUCCAAAUCGGACUUCCAAUCCGAAUAGAACUGUGGCAGGCGGAGCACCCGGUGUAGACAAGGAAAGGAGUGUGGGAAGGGUAUUAUCAUGGACGCAGUAUUUUGAAGCUCCUGGAGAACCGCAGGCUGUUACGCCAGAAAGGAAGCACUUGGUUGACCUGUCCCAGCUAUUUAUGGGCCAGAAGUUUGCUUCUGGAACUUACAGCCGUCUGUACCGUGGACGAUACAAACAGAAAGAAGUAGCUGUCAAAGUCGUUAAACAACCUGAUGAUGACGACGUGAUUGCUGAGAGGCUAGAUAGGCAGUUUGCGCAGGAGGUUUCUCUGCUUUCAAGACUUCAUCACAAAAAUAUCGUAGAGUUUGUUGCAGCCAUGAGGAGACCUCCUGUAUUCUGCAUUAUCAUGGAAUAUUUGCCUGGAGGUUCUUUGAGGGCGUUUCUUCACAAGAAUCAGCCAAAUGGUCUACCUCUGAGUCAAGUCUUGGAGUUUGCCAUAGACAUUGCUCAGGGAAUGGAUUACUUGCACUCACAAGGCGUUCUUCAUCUGGAUUUAAAGUCACACAAUCUGGUACUAGCAGAGAACAUGCGCGUUAAGGUCACUGAUUUCGGAGUGGCACGCCUGCAGUCCGAAUGUGAGAGCAUGACACCGGAUUCUGGAACCUACCGCUGGAUGGCUCCAGAGAUGAUACGGAAGAAGGCCUUCUCAACGAAGGCUGAUGUGUAUGGUUUCGGUAUCAUUCUUUGGGAGCUGUUCACGGGACAAACACCAUAUGACGACAUGUCUAUUAUACAGGCAGCAUAUGCGGUUGUCCACAAGCACACCAGACCACCUAUUCCUGAUACUUGCCCUCGUCCUUUGAGGCAACUUAUGGAGGAAUGUUGGGCGGAAAAUCCAGAGAAGAGGCCACAUUUUUGGCAAAUUGUCCAGAGAUUAGACGAGCUUCAGGAUUGUGUUCGUCGAAACGUGAGUUUGCGAUCGUGUCAGUUCGACUCCGAAAAGCGUAACGCAAUAAGACAGUUGAUUCAUAAAUGUAGAGCAGUAUGCGCCCAAUUUUAGUCUAUCUGUAUCUGGUAAGCCACAAUAUAGAUACAUGAAGUUUGCCAUGACGAUGAAGCAGUUUAGCUGUGUGUACCAUACAUGUAACUGAUUAGACGACGAUAGCAGUACCCUGCACAGGAUAGAGUCAUUCCUAACCCUCGAGUUAUAUUCUUCGUUCCUAACUCAUAACAACGAUCCAAAAUGGACGCCCACUUAGAAAAAUUGUCCUCUAUUACACAUUUCUUGUCUGUAGGAUACCUUAGUCGAAUAGACAGUCGGUUUUCGCUGAAUGGACAACACAAAGGUGUCGGAUAGCUGCUGGGUCUGAGCUAGGGGUAUUGAAAAGUAUUAAUGUGCUCGGACGAGAUAAAAUUGCCCCUUUUUAGUCACAUUUGUAAGAACUUAACCAUGAACCUCAAUUUGCACAAG